AUGGGGCAGGAGGUGUUUGGGAUGGCCACCAUCAGCCAGCUCCUUGCCAGCGCACUGGGACUGCUGCUGUGCGUGCAGCUCUGCAGGGGCACCGGGGAGCUGAGACUGGUUGAUGGAGGCAGCCGCUGCGCUGGCCGGGUGGAGGUGAAGCACGAGGGCCAGUGGGGCACCGUGUGCAGCUAUGACUUCCUCUGGGAUGUCCGUGGGGCCUCCGUGGUCUGCAGGCAGCUGGGAUGUGGCACCGUGGCCAGGACUUCCCCAUACACCCCAUUUGGGGCAGGGGCUGGCCGGAUUUGGCUGCAACCCUUCUGCCGUGGCACCGAGACAGCGCUCCACCACUGCUCCCACUAUGGCUGGGGCCAGCACUACUGCGGACAUGACUGGGACGUGGGGGUGACAUGCUCAGAUGCUGUGGAGCUGAGGCUGGUGAAUGGAGGUGGUGGUCCCUGUGCAGGCAGAGUGGAGGUGAAGCUGCGGGGCCAGUGGGGGACGGUGGCAGAUAACGAAUGGGACAUGGAAGAUGCCGAGGUGGUGUGUCAGCAGCUGGGCUGUGGCUCAGCCAAAAGCGCCCAUGCCUGGAGCCGCUUUGGGAAAGGGUCUGGACCAAUUCAUCUGGCUGUCGUUGACUGUCGCGGGGAUGAGUCCGCCCUCUGGGAAUGUACUAUCAAGGGAUGGGAGCUGUACAAUGGAAGCCAUGGCUGGGAUGUUGGCGUGGUCUGCCAAGGGUUUGUGCAGCUGGUCGGUGGGGACAGUGCCUGCUCGGGUCGUGUGGAGGUCAGGCAGGGCCAAGGCUGGGCAACCCUCUGCAAGGCCCACGUGGACCUCAACGCUGCCCAUGUCAUCUGCAAGGAGCUGGGCUGUGGAGCAGCUCUGGCCGUCACCGGGGCAGCACACUUUGGGGCAGGAGCCAGGCCCAUCUGGGACAGGGGCUUUGAGUGUGCAGGCAAUGAAUCCCUCCUGUCUGCCUGUGCCCGCAGGCUGCCCCACAGCCAGGGCUGCACACACAGCAGUGACGCUGGCGUCAUCUGCUCUCCCUACACGGGCUUCAGGCUGGUGAACGGCAGCACAGAGUGCACAGGGCGGGUGGAGCUGGAGGCGCGUGGCACCUGGGGCUCCCUCUGCGACGCUGGCUGGGACGUGCCUGAUGCCCAGGUGCUCUGCCACCACCUCGGCUGCGGCUUUGCUGCCUCCGUGCCCCGCGGAGGGUAUUUUGGGACAGGGAGCGGCCCGCUGUGGCAGGACACAUUUCACUGCAGCGGGACCGAGUCCCACCUGGGAGAGUGCCCUGCCAUGGCGCUGGGGACCCCCGCCUGCUCACUGGGCCACGCUGCCGCAGUCAAUUGCUCAGGUGGCACGGAACCCCUGCGGCUGGUGGACGGGGAGAGCCGCUGCGAUGGCCGCCUGGAGGUGGCCCUGGGUGGGGCCUGGGGCCGAGUCCUGGCUCAGCAGUGGGAUGCCAGCAGUGCCAGCGUGGUGUGCCGGCAGCUCCGGUGCGGCACAGUGCAGAAGGCCUACACCGCCCCAGUGCUGGGGCCAGGCUCAAGCCCCCUGGUGCUGGGCGGGCUCCGGUGUGUGGGCACGGAGGCUCACCUGGCCCAGUGCAACGCCACACUGCACAGCACUGUGCCACCGGGCCACGUCAAGGAGGCAGCGGUUGUGUGCUCGGGGAGCCAGCAGGUGCGGCUGGUGAGCGGCCCUGGGCGCUGUGCUGGGAGAGUGGAGAUCUACGUCCUGGGGACCUGGAGCCACGUCUGCGAGGAUGCCUGGGACCUCCGGGACGCUGCCGUCGUCUGCCGCCAGCUGGGCUGCGGAGAGGCCCUGGCAGCACCCGGCUCGGCCCACUACGGCCGGGGCUUGGGGCCAGUGUGGCUGGGUGCCGGCGGCUGCUCCGGAGCCGAGGCAAUGCUCUGGGACUGCCCAGCCCCAGCCCCGGCCCCAGCCCUGGGGCAGCGUGGUUGCAAGCAGGGCGCCAGUGUGGCAGCCAUCUGCUCAGAGCUCACAGCCCUGCGGCUGGCGGGCGGCAGCAGCUGCACCGGGCGCCUGGAGGUCUUCUACAAUGGGACGUGGGGCAGUGUGUGCGCCAAUGGCACCAGCCCUGCGACAGCCGCCGUGGUGUGCCGGCAGCUGGGCUGCGGAGCCACGGGACAGCUGGCAUCUGCACCGGCAACCACACAGGGCUCAGGCCCCGCGUGGCUGGCCUGGGUGCAGUGUGCCCACAGGAGCCCCACAGCGGGUGCUGGGGCCAUGCCAGUGCCCACCAUCCUCUGCAUCAUCCUGGGGACCCUGCUCUGCCUGGCCCUGGGGGCUCUCGCCAUGCAGGCAAGGCGCACCAUGGCUCAGCACAGAGGCCCUGGCAGAGCUGGGGACACAAUCUCUGAGGCCGUCUAUGAGGAGCUCGACUAUACUCUGACGCCGGAUUACCAGGAGGUGCACAGUGGCUCAGACACCCCUGCCCUGUCCAGGCAUGACCCCCCGGAUGGGUAUGAUGAUGCCGUGGCCAUGCAGCACCCGAGAGAGGCCGCUGCUCUGGGGCUGAGUGACGGAGAUUUCUCUGAGGCAGCGGCGCUGGGAGUGGGGAGCCGGCCCUCACUGAGCCACCCGGAGCCGCCGGGAGCCACAACAGACGCCCCAGCCUCAGUGCCCAAGGACGUGGGCUACGAUGAUGUUGGUGUCAGCGGCCCCAGGACGUCACUGUGA